AUGUGGAGAGGGAAAGCUCGUGGAUUGUCUUUUCUUAAGAUUUGGGGUUGCGAAGCUUAUGUCAAAAGGUUGAUUUCAGAUAAAUUAGCACCUAAAUCAGACAAAGAAAAGGAAUUCCUUUCUAAAAUAAAGAGUGGGAGAAAAAUCGAACUUCAUGAAGUUCGAGAGCCACCAGAUCAUUCUGUAACGGCUGGUAUCCAGCAAGAACCGGAUACUCUAGAAGCCGAAGCCUCUUUACAAGUUAAUGAAUCAGAAGUUGUGGCAAUAGCCCCUCAUGGUGACAUACUAAUCUUAGAAAGUGGUGAACCCGAAACCUACAAGGAAGCUUUAGAGAGCGAAGAUUCCUGUAAAUGGCUUGAAGCCAUGAAAUCUGAAAUAGACUCCAUAUAUGAAAAUCAACUAUGGGACUUGGUUGAUAUGCCUGACAACAUCAAACCUAUUAAGCACAAACAGGUUUAUAAGAUAAAAACUGACAUGGAUGAAAAACCUAGUGUUUUGAAAGCAAGACUGGUUGGAAACGGAUUCACUCAAAUUCAUGGUGUAAACUAUGAGGAAACCUUUUCUCCAGUUGCUAUGCUUAAGUCAAUCGGAAUAAUCCUAGUCAUAGCUGCAUUUCAUGAUUAUGAAAUCUGGCAAAUGGACGUCAAAACAACCUUCCUUAAUGGGAUUCUGGAAGAGGAAGUGUACAUGACACAGCCUAAAGGUUUUGAAGAUCUCAAGAAUAUUGGGAAAGUAUGGAAGCUUAACAAGGCCAUCUAUGGUCUUAAACAAGCUUCUAGGAGUUGGAAUCUUCGUUUCAACCAAGUUAUCAAAGAGUUUGGCUUCAUAAGAAAUGAAGAAGAGUAUUGUGUAUACAAGAAGGUCAGUGGGAGCAAGAUUGCUUUUCUCGUACUGUAUGUGGAUGACAUACUCUUCAUUGGAAAUGAUAUUCCUAUGUUAGAGUCUGUAAAGACCUACCUUGGGAAUAAUUUCUCAAUGAAGGAUUUGGGUGAAGCCCAGUACAUUUUGGGAAUCAAGAUCUAUAGGGAUAGACCUAGAAUAUUGAUUGGACUUAGUCAAAGCACUUAUAUUGAUAAGGUCUUGGCUAAAUUCAAUAUGCAAAACUCUAAGAAGGGUUUUGUACCCAUGUCACAUGGUAUCUCGCUUAGCAAGACUCAAAGUCCUUCGACUCCUGGUUUCAAUCCAACCCUGGAGAGAAACAUUGGACUGCAGUCUGCAGCUAAGAAUAUCCUCAAGUAUCUUCACAUAACAACGGAGAAGUUCUUGGUAUAUGGCGAGGAAAACGAGCUCGUUGUAAAAGGUUACACUGAUGCAAAGGCAGAGUACAUUGCAGCUUCCGAAGCUGCAAAGGAAGUUGUGUGGAUCAAAAAGUUCAUCACUGAACUUGGGGUGGUCCUCAGCAUUGAUAAUCCUGUGGAUCUCUACUGUGACAACAAUGGUGCCAUAGCUAAGGCAUAG